GAGGGAACAGAGACUGAGGCUACAAAUCCUCUCCUUGCUUCUCUUGUUACUUGGUCCAUCCUCCUCGUUGGUCUUCCUCCAAGUCCUCACUCAAAACUCGUUUUUUCAUUAGUAAUGCUAAAAUAAUGUAGGAUGGGGGCAAAGGGGGAAAAUCCCUGGCCCAUAACAUGGAGCUCGAGGACACUCUGUGAAACUUGUGGGCUGUAGAUUCACAGUGGACAAGUGGAAGUCAUUUUUCGCACAAUAGAGCAUGAAUUUAAGGAACUCGUUGUCACAAGAUGCGGUGGGGGGCAGAAAGGCCGCUAAUCUAGCUUUAUUUAAUGACAAAUAUAUGCCUUGACAUGUAUUUAAAAGUUGAGAUAAAGGAACGAGUAUAGUUCUUAUUAAGGGCUGAUACUGGCUUGUGCGGGGUGGGUGGGUUGCAGUUGCUAUUUAUUAGAUUUCUUACCUGCCCAUCCCCAUUCGGUUGCAACAAUAUGAAAAUACAAUAUUAAAACAAUUUACAGUUAGAUAGGCUGAGUCCUAAAAUACAUACCUCUAGUGACAGAGGCCAGGGUAAAUGGGCCUUCAUGCCUUGUUUGAGGGUUUCCUGGAAGCAUCUGGCUGGCCACCAUGGGAAAUGGAAUGUUGGGCUAGAAUCUUCUUUCUCACUGUGUACUACCGAAGUGCUACAGUCUGCCCAUGGAAAAAGAAAGUUCUCUCUUUAUCCAUAGAUUUGACUUGGUUUCUCUGCUACAUGCUGGAGGAGAUGGUGGUGCCACCGCUGGACAUGCCUGCUCAGCCCAUGGGGAUGGUCGCUGAUGUGGUUUUCGUCAUUGAGGGCACUGCCAAUCUUGGACCUUACUUCGAGUCCUUGCGCAAGCAUUACCUUCUUCCUGCCAUUGAGUAUUUUAAUGGUGGUCCACCGGCUGAAACAGACUUUGGAGGAGAUUAUGGUGGUACUCAGUACAGCCUGGUGGUGUUCAAUACAGUGGACUGUGCUCCUGAGUCAUAUGUGCAGUGCCAUGCACCAACUAGCAGCGCUUACGAGUUUGUCACAUGGCUUGACAGCAUUCAGUUUGUGGGUGGUGGCGGCGAGAGCUGUAGUCUCAUCUCAGAAGGGCUCAGCACUGCUCUGCAACUUUUUGAUGACUUUAAGAAGAUGAGAGAGCAAAUAGGCCCCACACAUAAAGUCUGCAUCCUAAUCUGCAACUCCCCACCCUACCUGCUUCCAGCUGUGGAGAGUACCACAUACUCUGGCUAUACAACAGAGAAUUUGGUGCAGAAGAUUGGUGAUCGUGGGAUCCACUUUUCUAUUAUCUCCCCACGGAAGCUGCCUGCCUUGCGCAUCCUCUUUGAGAAGGCCGUAACGGGAGGCAUGAUGGAGGCCCAACUCAAGGACUACAGCCAGGAUCCUCGACACAUGAUCCUCAUACGUGGCAUGGCACUUCCAGUAGGAGGGGGAACUGCUGCCAACGCUCUGCAGGCCAAGCAGGCUGUGCCCCAGCCCCAGCUCCCCACAGUGCCACCGCAACUCCCUGCCACCCCACCUCAAGUCCUGCCACCCGUUUCUCAGCCGUAUCAGGUUACCCCAUCCUCUACUCUCACUGCUGCCCAGGCAGCUGCUCAAUCUGCCGUGGAGGCUGCCAAGAACCAGAAAGUCGCCCCCCGCUUCGCCUCCUUGAACCCCAUGCAGCCUGCCUUCAGCCAGGCUCCCACACAGACCCUCCCAGCAAGCUCGGUCCCAGCCCUGCCUCCCAAGCUCUCGACUUCUUCGCAGUCCAGUCUGGUCUCCACGGUAACCACAGGCUCUGGCCUGCUGGUCCAGCAACCUCUGCAGGCUCCACCCCAGUCUGGUGCCUCAGCCAUGCCCAGCGGCAUGCCUCCCAGUAGCAUGAACGUGACUCAGCCGGCCCAGGCACAAAUUGGAGCCCCCCAGCAGUCAGUCACAAACAAGGUGAUGGCGUGGAGCGGUGUGCUGGAAUGGCAGGAGAAGCCCAAACCAGCUUCAGUGGAUUCCGGCGCCAAGCUGACUCGUUCCCUGCCCUGCCAGGUCUACGUCAAUCAAGGAGAGAAUCUGAAGGCUGAGCAGUGGCCCCAGAAGCUCAUCAUGCAGCUGAUCCCUCAGCAGCUCCUGACAACUCUGGGUCACCUCUUUCGCAACUCGCGCAUGGUGCAGUUCCACUUCACCAACAAGGACCUGGAGUCACUCAAGGGGCUCUACCGCAUCAUGGGCAAUGGAUUUCAGGCGGGCUGCGUUCAUUUCCCUCACACGACACCCUGUGAGGUGCGGGUGUUGAUGCUGCUGUAUUCCUCCAAGAAGAAAAUCUUCAUGGGGCUCAUUCCCUAUGACCAGAGUGGCUUUGUCAACGGCAUUCGGCAGGUCAUCACUAACCACAAGCAAGUUCAGCAACAAAAGCAGAUGGGAGGGUCUCAGUCCCUUGGUGCUACACCCAGCACCCAGCCCUUCCUGCCAAAGCAGCCUGGUGCUUUGCCAGUGACCCAGGGGGUCCAGCAGCAGAUGAGUGGGCAGCAGGUGAGUCCUGGCAUGCCUCAGGUGGGAAUUAUGGAAGAGCAGCAACGGCAACAGGGUCUGUUGCAACUCCGAGUGCAGCAGCCUCAACCAGCGGCCCCAGCCACUAGCCAGCCUCCGCAAGCGCAAGGUCCUCCACAAGCUGGGCCACAGACCACUCAAGGGGGUGCCAUGCUUAGGCCCCAAAACCCUGGUGCCAACCCUCAGCUCCGCAGCCUCCUCCUGAGCCAACAGCCGCCCCAGGCUGGAGUUCCUCAAUCCCAGCAACCCCUCCACCACCUCCAGCAAGGAUCUUCAGGAAUGUUACCCCACCAGUCCAUGGGAACAGCUCUGGGGCACCAACCUCCUGGGCAGCAGCAGCUUCAGCUCCCUGGACAGACCCUCAUGCACCAAGCCCCUGGACAACCAUGGCCAGGGCAGAUGGCACCGCGGGCAGCAUUGCCAGGUCAAAUGCUGAUGAACGCUGGUCCCCGGGGGCCGGUAUCCCAGCCAGGCCUGCAGCAGGUUUCCGCUCCCAGCAUCAUGGAGGAUGACAUUCUCCGGGACCUUAUCUGAUGUCGGAGGGUCCUGUUCCAAUGUCACCCAGGGCUGAGAUUGUUUGCUUCUGUAUUGGGGAUGGUGCGUCCCUUCUGGACAAUGUUACUCUGUCUGUCUUUUGUCCCUUGUAAUAUUUUUUCUCCCAUUUGUUAAUAAAUGUUCUCCUCCUCCCUUUUA